AUGGCGAUGCCCGCGUGGUUUGCCGUGAGCUCGGACUUCCUGGUGGCAUCGCAAUCUCCAACUUCGGGGGAGGACGGGGCAGAUGUCAGCUACUGUCACUUCAGUCAGCACCCUUUUUCGCAGGGAGUUGCUUUUAGUUGCCGGGUGGACCAGUUCACCAUUACCUGUAGAGCCAAUCGGUCUGCACUAUUCUGCAUUGCAGGAAGCGGCAGGAUAUGGAUGGACGGCGUUGCCUGCACGGGGCGCGAGACCAACCUCACCGUGUGCCCUUUCAACGGUGAGCUGGCCGAAGCUGGGGCAUACAUGAUUGCAGCCACGACAAAGACGUCGGUGUCUGGUGUGCCACAGACCAGGAAGGUCCCAGUCCCAGGGGACAAGGUGCGGCUGGUGGGCGGAUCCAGCACUCGCGGCCGGGUGGAGAUCUUUCACAACGGCGAGUGGGGCACCGUUUGCGAUGAUGCCUUCAGCAACACCGAUGCCGCCGUCGUCUGCCGUGAGCUCGGCCUUCCCGGCGGCGUCGCAAUCUCCAGCUUUGGGGGAGGAACUGGCCAAAUAUGGAUGGAUAGCGUGGGCUGCAAUGGGAGCGAGACCAACCUUUCCUUGUGCCCUUUCCAGGGCUGGGGCACACAUGACUGUCAGCACAGCGAAGACGUCGGCGUUUUGUGUACAGACCAGACCGCCACUGUGACCUCCACUGUGAUCGCCACCGUGACCGCCACCACCACGCGGUUGUUGACCACCGCCAUGCUCUCCAGCACACAGGUGCGGCUGGUUGGCUCCAGCACUCGCGGCCGGGUGGAGAUAUUUCACAACGGCGAGUGGGGCACUGUGUGCGAUGAUGACUUCGGCAAUACCGACGCUGCUGUGGUGUGCCGUGAACUCGGACUUCACGGCGGCACCGCAAUCCCCAGCUUUGGGGGAGGAAGAGGCAGCAUAUGGAUGGAUGACGUCCGCUGCACCGGGAGCGAGACCAACCUUUCCUUGUGCUCUUUCAGCGGCUGGGGCAGUCAUAAUUGCGGCCACGACGAAGACGUGGGUGUCUUAUGUUCCAGCACGCAGGAGUCCCCUCGCCGUCGGCGCUCGGAUCCUCGUCGGCGAUCGGAUCCUCGUCGCCGUCGCUCGUACUCUGGCCCGAAUGUUCGGCUGGUUGGCUCGAGCACGCGCGGUCGGGUGGAGAUAUACCACAGCAACGAGUGGGGCACCGUGUGCGAUGAUGACUUCAGCAAUACCGACGCUGCUGUGGUGUGCCGUGAACUCGGACUUCACGGCGGCACCGCAAUCCCCACCUUUGGGGGAGGAAGAGGCAGCAUAUGGAUGGAUGACGUCCGCUGCACCGGGAGCGAGACCAACCUUUCCUUGUGCUCUUUCAGCGGCGGGCACGUCGAAAUGGUUUGCGUCAGGCACCACCCCAGCAUGAGCAUCAGCCGCACCGGUUCGCGCUGGGGCAGUCAUAAUUGCGGCCACGAGGAAGACGUGGGUGUCUUAUGUUCCAGCACGCAGGACUUCAGCAAUACCGACGCUGCUGUGGUGUGCCGUGAACUCGGACUUCACGGCGGCACCGCAAUCCCCACCUUUGGGGGAGGAAGAGGCAGCAUAUGGAUGGAUGACGUCCGCUGCACCGGGAGCGCGCCGCCCCAGAAUGAGCAUCAGCCGCACCGGUUCGCUGGGGCAGUCAUAAUUGUGGCCACGACGAAGACGUGGGUGUCUUAUGUUCCAGCACGCAGGAAGAGGCAGCAUAUGGAUGGACAACGUCGCCUGCGCCGGGAGCGAGACCCGCCUUUCUUCAUGCCCUUUCAACGGCGCGGGCAUGUCAACCUGGUUGGCUCGUGCUUGAUCGGCGGAGUCGUCGGCCUCAUUCUAUUCAUCCUCCUGCUAUGUCUCGCACUUUGGCGACUGAGCAAGUGCAAGGAGCAGGCACCCUCAACGACGACAGCACCCACGGUGGUAGUGCCGGACUUGGAGGGUGGCCCCGGCCCAGUGCUCCUGGGCUCUUGCCAGGAGUUUUGCUCCGUUCCUGGCUGCGGCCGCUUAAACGCCGCAGGCUACUCCACCUGUUGCAAGAGCUGCGUAAACAGCGACGGGCGGAACCAUGGGUCAUGCUGUGAGGCUCGAAACGGGCUGCGCAAGGACAAGGAGCACUUGCGCAAGCUGCAGGAGGAAGCCCAAGUGUGGGCCGCAGCCGUGGACCGCAGGAGCCUCGAGCUGGCGGAGGCCCAGGCCGCCGCAAACGAUGGCUCCGGCGACGCCGAGGCUACGGCCAUGGCCCUGCGCCUCUUGCAGGAGGCCGAGGCUGGAAAGGCCCACGCCGACGCGAUGCUCGCAGAGUUGCAGAAGGAGGCGCCAACGGUGGCAAAGCUACCCACAGAGACUCCUGAGUACUGGGCGAACCUUCCCACCUUGGAGCGCGGCUGGCGGGCGUACCCUGUCGAUGCCAGUGUCUUGCAGACCAUCAAGGAGCUUUUCGUCGUGCGCCGGCCACAGGAGCUCGGGAAAGGACGGGACGCGAUGGCGUAUUCCGUGCCCUACUCAAAGCUCGAAGUGCACUGCGCCUGGCGCAUCGAGCACGAGAGCUCAUGGCUGAAGCGGGGAGUUCAGCAAAUGUCGGAGUAG